CAGACCUAAAAUUCAUUUCAACCCGUCCCUCUUCAGUCUCUUCACAAACCUUGAAGGUCUUUCACUCUUUCCCAAUUCCCAUCUCCAUCGGUCCAUCUCCAUCUGGUUUAGUUGGGUUGAGAAGAUUGAAGGUGUUGGCAAUGUUGAAGAACAAGGAGCAGGAGCUUCAACAUCUCCCUGAACAUGUUGUACUCAACAUUCUCUGCCGGUUGCCGGUCAAGUCCUUGAUCCGCUUCACUUGUGUCUCAAAACGCUGGCGCUCUCUUAUCAUUUCCGACCACCAAUUUGGCAACUCCCAUUUCCAACUAGCAGCAGCAGCAUCUCACCUCCGUCAUAAUGUCUUGAUUUCAGCAGGUACAACACCCCCUGAGAUGUUACGCUCUCGAUUUCUAUCCUUAUCGGAAGAAGCUAACUUUUUGAUCAGAAAUCUCAACUGGCCAUGGCCAUCCGAGUCGUAUCGCGACAUUCUAGUAAUGGGCUCUUGCAAUGGUUUGGUAGUUUUAGGACACUGCAAUUCCCUUCGCAAUGGACUAAAUUCUUUACCUCUAGGCCAACGAUAUUGUCGUUAUUUUGAACGUUUGGUGAUCUGGAACCCAUCAACUGGAUUCUUCCGCGAGAUACCUUGUCCAAAUUUUCAGAUGGGGAUGGUAAAAUUGAGAGAAGCAGAGCAAGAGAGGGAAAUGAGCGGUGUAUGUUAUGGUUUUGGUCAAGUGUCGGCCUCCGACGACGACUACAAACUUGUGGUGAUACAAAGUUUGGGUGGUUUUAUGGUAGUACAUGUGUUCUCAGUCAGAGCCAACUGUUGGAAAAUUGUUAAAGCUUCUUGUGAGAAUAUACAUAAAGUUGUCACAAGAUCAUUCACAAGAAUAUAGACACAAUUGUAUAGACAUCCAGGAUAAAUAAAUUAAAAUUGAUACAUGUACCUGUAUGAUCGAUUGAACUGAUUGAAGCAGCCACGAGCACAAGUCUUCUGCAAUUCUCUAGGUUUGAGCUUCUUAUGAAUGGGGCAAGAACUUAUGCUCUUAGUCAUAGAGGUUGCAGGGACUUAUACAUCCUUAUAUAUGAGUUAGGUUUAGCCUUGAACCCCUCCCAUAAAGGAAGUUCAAUAGGACUCAAACUUCACUCUUAAGAAUCCUUAUGAUAUCAUAUCUUUGUAAUUAAGUUAAUAAUCCAGUAAAUAGAUUUCUAUCCCUUAUCAAUAGAUAUACACAUUGAUUAGGUUACUAGAAUUGAGUUCUGUUUCCAUAUUCAUAUUAUUUAGUCUAAAUCAUUUAUCAAUUGUUGUUUACUCUAAUAAACAUGUGAUAAGUCCAUAAAUUUU